CGUCAUUGAAUUAGUUCUCUUUUCCACGAUUAUAUUUACUUUUUUGCAUUUUACUUUUAUGAUUGUAUUUAAAAAAUUAAUGAAUAUGUUAGUAUUUUAAAAGAAGUAUAGCUAACAAGGAAACGCAGGUCCUUGAGAAGAACACUUUAAUCGUUGGAGGAUAGAAGAAAAUAGGCCGCCGACUUUAAAAGAAAGUGUUCUGAAGAAGAACACCACACACAUCAAGUACAACAACCCCACAGACACGAAUUUAAAUUAUUGUGCAUAGUCAAACAUGCUUCCCCUAACACACCGAGAUCGCAGCAAUUUCCUGUAUCGCAUUAAGGAAACACUGAACAGUUGGAAACGGUUGAUAUUCUCAGACAAAAAUUCCAGGAAUUUAUUCCUUUUUUUACUGCUAAAUUUGAGUUUCGCCUUUGUUGAAUUAUUCUAUGGCAUAUGGACCAACAGUUUAGGUCUGAUAUCGGACUCGUUUCACAUGUUCUUCGAUUGCACGGGUCUUUUGGCAGGUCUGGCAGCUUCGGUCAUUACUAAAUGGAAGGCAAAUGAACGCUUCUCCUAUGGUUAUGUUAGAGCGGAAGUAUUGGCUGGCUUUGUCAAUAGUUUAUUUUUGAUAUUUGUGGCAUUCUUUAUAUUGUCAGAAGGAGUGGAACGUCUAAUAGAACCGCCAGAAGUUAAACAUGAACGACUCUUUGUGGUCUCUGUUUUGGGAUUGCUAGUCAAUCUCGUGGGUAUAUAUGCCUUCAAUCAUGGCGGCCAUGGCCAUUCGCAUGGAGGAGGAGGAGGAGGCCAUGGUCAUUCACAUGGUGGAGGCGGUCAUGGCCAUUCCCAUUCGCAUGUCAAUCAUCAUAUGGAUACAAAUAAUCAUCACUCCAUUUCUCUGGAUGAUGGUCAUGGCCAUUCACAUUCCCAUGGUCAUUCGCAUGGCGAUGACAUGGGCGGAAGUAAUUCACAGAUAAUGCGCGGUGUCUUCCUUCACAUAUUGGCCGAUACUUUGGGAUCGGUUGGUGUCAUUAUAUCGGCAGUAUUAAUGCAUUUGUUUGGUUGGAUGAUAGCAGAUCCCAUAUGUUCCAUUUUCAUAUCGGUGCUUAUAAUUUUGUCCGUUAUGAGCCUCAUUAAAGAAUCCAUAUACGUUCUGAUGCAACGUCAGCCAGUUGGUCUGGAUCGUCUAUUACCUCAAUGUUACCAAAAAGUCACCGGUUUGGCUGGUGUCUAUGCUGUGCAAGAGCCCCAUUUCUGGACUUUAUGUUCUGAUACCUAUGUGGGUGCCAUAAAAUUGGAAGUAGCCCGAAAUAUCGAUCCAAAAUAUGUUGUAACACAUGCCCGCAUGAUAUUCGAAUCGAUAGGUGUGAAACAGGUCUACAUACAACUGGACUACGUGUGAUAAUUUAGUUUUCUCUCUCCUUUUUAUGUAUGUACAUAAUAUAAUUUAGAAAAUUUUAUGAGAAAAUGUUUUUUUCUUAUUGUCUUGUCCAACAAAAUUUACUUUCCUCCUUCCUCGCUUUCCUUUUUUUUUAAGAUAUUAAACUGUAAACUUAGGUUACACUUGUGUUUAAUGAUUGUGAAACUGAUAUGUAGCGCCUACGAGUUUCUAUCAACUUUAAUUAUGUUUUUUGUUUAAAACGUUGUUUUUUUUUUUAAAUAUAUAUAAUUUAAGUCAAUAUUAGAUAUUUUAAAGAACGAAAGUACUAUUGCUACUAUUACUGCUACCAUUUAUUUGAAUCAUUCCACAUUUCUCAAAUAUAAUUGAAUCAAACUAUAUGUAAGGAACACCAAGGUCUAGUUGAAGAAAAGCCACACUGUGCUUAAAACUAAGAACAAAAUGAAAUGAUCCAAAAUGCCAGAAAACUGAAAAACGAACAUCCUCAUAUUGGACUGUCCAAAAAAACACAUUUAUUAUAACAAAUAAAUACAAAAUAUUGUUUAAACAAUUUAAAACAAAAAAAAAAAACAUGUGCAACAGUUGUCUCUAACUAAAUCAUUAAAAUGAUUCGAUACAAAACAAGAAAUGAAAAGAAAACAUCAUGCAUUGUAAAUAAAUUAGUCUUUUUUAUGGAAACGAAAA